AUUAUAUCUGUAGAUUACUGUCUCAAUAAUUAAUAAUAAACUUCAGUAUUUUUAAAUCUUUUAAGAAUGUUUCAAUAUUCCGGAUGAAUUGUUUGUGUUGUUUAUUGCGGACAUAAAGAGACGCGUGAAAAUCCGUUAUCUUUUUUUGAAUUCAUAUGAAGCACUGGAGCUUCUAUCUCUAUUUCAAGAUGUCGCUAUCAUUUGUUAGGGUGCGUUCCACUAAGCGAAUUUAGUUAGUUAGUUCAUAAAGAGACAGAUGACACUACGGCCGUAUUCUGAAGCUAACUUAAAGGAAAGUGUUGGAGAGCAAACAGUUACUUUUAAGCUGACAGUAAAUUGUCUGUAACUUGAACUCAAUUUGACUACAAGAGUUACUGUCAGACAAUGACGUUAAGUUGAUUGAAAGUUUCCUCCGAAUUGACGGCAAAUUUUUCUGUCAAAUUACAUUCAGAUGACGGUGGUUUAUUUGCAUCAACCUGCACGCAAGUAUUAUCCAGCCAAGGCUUGCCAGAAACUUUUCGUUAAGUUAGCCGAAAAUGUUUCACUGCAGAACUUGCUUGCUGAACAAAGUGUGGCUAUCAGGGGAUUGAGUAAAGUUGUUCUUAAAUAAAAAGAAAAUUGACCUAAUAGCCACUUUAGCUUAAAAUUAUGGGUAAUUUGAUGUUGAAAUUAUCUGAAAUCUGCUGCCCGAAUUUGCCGACAAUUUCACAGCAAAAGUUGAAAAUAAAAAUUUGCGGUUAAUCUUUUACGAAAAAAAACAGUUGGUAAUGUUCAUUCUUACCAUCUCAGGAGGUAAGUAAAUUUUUACAUGAAAUUGUCUACAAUUUCAAGGUAAAAAUAUACUUAACAAUUUUUCAAGUUAAAUUAACGAUAAAUUGACAUAAAAUUUGCGUGAAAAUUAAAAACAACUUUUUUCUAGUCAACUUUUGAAGUAAAUUUGCAGUAAAUUUUUCUAAUUCGGGCAGUGAAUUUACUUCAAAUUCAAUAGCAAGUUGCAUACAAAUUGCCGUAAAAAAUAGAAAAGUCCGAAAUUGACGGAAAUUUGACGAAAAAUUCAACGAAAGUUUUGUACAGUAAACUUUUGCGCAAGCAAACUGUGCAUUAGAGUGAGUCAGUUUUAAAACAAAACUGCUAGUCCAAGAACAGCUUUCGAGUACAGAUCUACAGAUGGCUCUCGAGUAAGGAAAUCCUGAGUAAAGUUGUCACACUGCCCAACAGACUACAGAAUAUUAUUAAUUUAAAUUUUUUGAUUAUUUCUUAUAAUAAUAUGACAAAAAGUCUUGAUGUUAGUUUUGAUACUUCAGAGUUAUUAAACAAUGCUGAAAAACUUGUUGAUGAAGUUGAAAAAAAAAUCUUUAAAGUUAAUUGUGAUAUAACAAACUUCCAACUUGACGACGAUAGUUGUCUUGACGGAUGUGAAUUGUAUAUUCGAGAUAUUGUUAAUACUAAAUUUAAGGAAAUAAAUAGAGAUAAAUUAUCAGCUAACAAUAACUAUUGGUGUUAUGAAAAUCAUAUUAAAUGUCAACCUCAUAAUUAUGAACUACAGAAAAUUAAUAAAUCCACUUUCAGGAAUGAUGUUAUUAAAAAAUCAUCUCGAGAUAUACAAAUAUCUCAUGAACAAAUAAAAAAUGAUUCAAAAAAUGUAAAAUUACCACAACCUAAGAAGUAUUUCAAAAAAGGAAAUUUAAAUACAAUUGAUGUUUUAACACGAUCUAGUCAAUCAGCUGUCAUGCCUUCAUUAAAACUUGAUAUAUUACCUAAUGAAACUAACAUUGUAGGAGAAAAUAAUGAUGAUAUUCCUGAAUUAAUAAUUAAUUCGUGUAAACAAAAAAAAACAAAAAAUGAAAAUUCAAUUGAUACUGCAGUGCAAACAAGCUUUCAAGAAUUACUGAACGAUAAACCACCAGAGUUAUUAGAUAAAUCUUCAGAAUUUUUUAUUGCAAAAAAUAUUUCGAGUUCUUCGUUACCAAGUUGUAAAAUUAAGUCAGCAAUAAAUACAGAUAAAAGUAAUCAUAAAGAGAUUAGUCAAAAUAAUUUCGAUCAACAAGUUUUGAGUGAUAAUAAAAAAUCAAAAAGAUCGUUUAUUGAAUUUAUCUGUCAGAUCGCUGAAUUAGAAAUUAAUAAUUCAAGUGAGGUAAAGUCUGGAGAUUAUAUAAAAGAGAAUCAAAAUGAUUUUAACAAUAAUAAAAGUUCAAAUAUUGAAAUAAUAAAUAAUGAUUUUAAUUGGAAUAAAAUCAAACUAAAUUCUCGGGAAUACAAGGAUGUCGAUGAAAGAUUAAAUAAUUUAGAUAUUAAAAUUAAAAAUAUCAUUGGAAAUACUAGUAAAUUAGAUGAUCAAUUUAGAUGUUAUAACAAUCGUAAUCAUAUUGAUUUCAAAAUAAGGAGUAAAAGUAAUAAAAGAGAUGAUAAUAAUUUUGGUGGAGUGAAAAUUCCAUUUAAGCCACGAUCAAGAAUUUCAAGUUCUGAAAUAACUAGUGAAAUAUUUAAAUCACCUGAAAGAUUUUCAACACCAUUAAAUAAUUGUAAUUAUAUCGAUAUUCCUGUUAAUGUUGAUACAAAAAAUACUUGUAAUGAUGUCGAAGAACUUUCUACAUCUAUUACUAAAUUUGAUGUAAACAAUGAUUCAAAAGUCUUUAUAACGAGAAAUAAAUUUUCUCUAUCAACGGCUAAUGAAAAUAGUGAUGAAAUAAUUGUUGAUGAUAAAUCUAAAAUCGAUUUUUGUUUAUUAGAAACACAAAAAGAAAUUAAUAAUAAAAUACAUUCAGAUAAAGAUAAUGAUUUUUCUAAAAAUUAUACUGUAAAAAAAUUAUAUUGUGAGCAAGACGCAGAAAAUGAUCAUUUUUCUUCCAACAGCAGUAAUAUGAAUAAUAAAAAAAUAUCUGGCAAUAAUGAAAAAAAAGAAUUUGGAUCUAAAAAAUUAUCAAUUUCGAAUGAGAAAAAAUUACUUGAAAGUGUUAGAUCUCAAGAAAAUAUAAAAAAUAACAAUAAACAAGUUGAUAAAAAUGAAGAUUCUGUUAAUUUUGAAAAAAAUAAUCUCACUGUUGAGUCAUCAAAAGAUGACCUUCGGGAUCGUACCUCCUUUGACGUAUCGGCAAUUUAUUCUGAAAGUUUUGAAGCAGCAUCUUUAACUGAAGUUGAAAGUACAUUAGAAGAGCAUAAAGAAAUUAAUGAUGGUAAAAUUGAAAAUUUUCAGUUACAUAAAAAAAACGAUACAGAACUUCAAGCUAAUGUAUUAAUCAAUCGUGAAGAAAAUACAAUUCAUGAGACUACAAUUGUUGAAGAUUCAAAAGAUGAAUUAGAAAACAGGGAAAUAAUUACCGUAGACAUUAAAUCCAAUUCUGUUAGAGAGAAUACUAAAGAAAAGAAUAAUAUUAAUCAAUCAAAAAAUUCAAAUUCAAGUAUUCAAUCAUUAGUAGAAAAAAACGAAAAUAGAAAAGAAUAUUCGUCAAUCUAUUCUUUACCAUCAUCAUGUAGACAAAUGCAAAAAAAUAGUCCAUCAGUUCAAACAUCUACUGAAGAAAAAGGAAAAUCUAGUACAAAUGAUUGUUCAGAAGGUGAAUUUUAUUUACCAAUUUCGUAUUCCCUCGGUGAAAUAAUAACAGUUACUGCAUCUAAUUCACAAGAAAAUGAAAAUUUUAAUUAUUACCAAAAUUUAACUGACGGUAUGCAUGAUAUUUUAAAUUUCCAGUCAUUCGUCACCAACAUCAUCCAAGUUGGCCAAGAAAUGUCUUACACAGAGAACCAACAAUAAUUUAUCUCAACCGUAUGUUGAAGAACUGGAACGCAGCAAUACACGUCAGAUACCACGUCAAAUACUUAUCAACAACAAAAAUUAUAUUAGUUUUUUUAACUUUCCGCUAAGAAAAUUGAAAAUUUUCAAAAAUUCGGGAAGUUAUUGGUUUCGGUUCGAUUUUCAAACAUCAAAUUUCUAAGAGAUCUUGACAUUUUGAGGUUCUAGAAAGCUAUUCUGACUAAUUUUAAGAUGAUGUCCGAGUGUGUGUAUGCAUGUAUGUACAUACGUACGUAUGUAAAUAUGUGUAACUUGAACGGAUGGACCAAUUUUGGUCGUCGAGGUGUCAUUGGACGCGGCUCAUCAAUAUCUAAAAGCUGUGAAAAAUUGAGCUUGAUCGGUAGGUGGCGUUCGGAGAUAUACUAAAAAAAUAAAAAUUUUUCAAAAAUGUUUUUCUUUGGAUAACUUUUAAUGUUCCCGGUGGAUUGAUUCCAAAAUCUAAUCAGCUCUAAAACUUCAUAAGCCGCGUCGAAUAUUACCUUAACCAUCAAAAUCAGUUCAUUCGUUCAAGAGAAACCGUUAAAGAAAGAAUUUAAAAAAAAAUUUUUUUUUAGUUUUUUUGAAAUUUCUCAAAAACAAUGAGAUAAAUCAAUUUCAAAAUAUGAUCAGCUGUAGAACUCAAUAAAACGAGUUGAUUGCCACCUUAACCGUCUCAAUCGGUUAAUUCGUUUGAGAGAUCGUUGGAGAAAAGAUGGUAAAAAACGAUUUUUUUUUCGAAAACAAAGGCAUACAAAAGUAUUUUUGAGCUCCUCGAGCUCGAAAAUGUAUUCAAAACGAUUUUUUUGAGCCCAAGGAGCUCAAAAACAGUGGGAAGUUUUGGGGCUGGCCCGCAGCGUCAACUGAUUGACCGAUUUUUUUUGCAGCCCUCAAGUCUGCCGCCCUCAAGCGCAAACGCGCUGUGUGUACCUUAUGAUCAAAAUUAUUUUUCCGACAAAUUAACUGACGUAACUAUUUCAUUAAUUUAAAAUAAAUGACUUAUAUUUUUCA